AUGGCAGACCCGAGCCCUCCCGUCGUCGUCCUCGGCGUGGGCGGCGCGGGAAAGUCCCUCGCGCUCCGAAGGUUGAUGGGUCUGCAGAAAUCCGGCAGGGUCGAGGCGCACGUAGACGCGGACGUCGUCCCCUCGGUCGGCGUGGACAUCAGCACCAUCGCCAUAGAUAAGAAAAGGAACGUGUGCAUGAAAGAAAUCGGCGGGGCGAUGAUGCCGCUGUGGCCCACGUACGUCGCGAACCAAUCGACCGGGAUGAUGUACGUCGUGGACGCCGCGGACUCGUUCCAGCUUGCCGCCUCCGCGGCGGCGUUUCACCACCUCUGCGGUCUUCCCGCGCUCGACGGGAAGCCGGUGCUCUUGGUGCUGAACAAAAUCGACUCCCCGAGGGUGCUCGCGCGCGGGGACAUCGAAGCCACGUUCGAUAUCGACGCCGCGCGCGCGGUUCUCGGCGCGCGGUUGACGGUGAUAGAGGCGAGCGCGGGACGAGGAUAG